GGCAACAAAUGGCUGCAAUAGCCUCGCUCUAUCGGCCCCCAGAGUCCGCCCUCUCUCCACCCCUUGAUAAACACAAGUGUCGGGAGGCGGCUGCUUUCCAGUGGUAACUCUGCAGUGAGCGCUAGCUGGCGAGCAGGGCUGAGCUCAACUCAACGUCGGGACAGGGCAAGGUGAAGGUCCCAGCAGCGGAUCCGGAGAUGCUGGCAACUUUUAUUUCCACUUCCAGAGCAGGCAACUUUCCUCAGCUCCCGCGCCAUGGCAACCAUCGACUUUUCCGAGGUGGAAGCGUUCCUGGACCGGCACCCAGACCUCUUCGAGGACUACCUGCUGAGGAAGGGCAAACGCGAAUCGGUCAGCAAGUGGUUGAAGGUGCACAAGGCGGGGAGGCUCCCCGGCACCGGGCUGGGCGAUGAGAAACACGCCUGCAGAGCUGAAGCCACUCUGCAGCGGGCGUGUCAGAAAGAGCUGAGGAUGAGUUUCGCCCGCUCCCGGACCAUGACCUGCCACCACACAUACGACGAGGUGGUGGUGGUACGGGCCCCGAGCCCGGGCAGGCGGGCACUACUGCGGAAGGCCAGCUCGCUGCCGCCCACGUCCGCCCACCUGCUCAACGACCUGCUCGAGUCCCGGGUCAGCGCCCCCCAACACGCCUCGGCCGCCAGCCACCACAAGCGCUCACUCAAGCAGGCCAACGAGCGCGAGUUCUUCCUGGAGCUGGUCAAAGACAUCUCCAACGAGCUGGACCUGGCCAGCCUCAGCUACAAGAUCCUCAUCAACUUGUGCAUCAUGGUGGACGCUGACCGCUGCUCCCUCUUCCUAGUCGAGGGGCCGUCCCACAAGAAGAGGCUGGUAUCCAAGCUCUUCGAUGUACACUCGGGGACCACGGUGGUGCCGUCCUCCAGCAUGGAAAACUCCAACGAAGUCCAGGUGCCCUGGGGUAAAGGGAUCAUCGGCUACGUGGCCGAACACGGGGAAACGAUCAACAUGCCAGAUGCUUACGAGGAUCAUCGGUUCAAUGAUGAAAUUGACAAGCUGACAGGUUAUAAGACAAAGUCCAUUCUGUGCAUGCCGAUUCAGAACUGCGAUGGGGAAAUUAUCGGGGUGGCUCAAGCCAUCAACAAGAACCUUGCUGGAGUACCAUUCACUGAAGAAGAUGAAAAAGCUCUGCAGAUGUACUUGCCCUUCUGUGGAAUAUCCAUAUCAAAUGCCAAACUCUUUGCAGCAUCUCGUAAGGAAUAUGACAGAAGCAGGGCAUUACUAAAGGUUGUCAAUGACUUGUUUGAAGAACAAACAGAGCUGGAGAAGGUUGUCAGGAAAAUUAUGCAACGAGCUCUGACCCUACUUCAAUGUGAACGAUGUUCUGUCCUCUUGCUGGAAGACAUUGAGUCUCCCGUGGUAAAGUUUGCAAAGACCUUUGAUCUGAUGUCUCCACUAUGUCGUAUAGAGAGUGAUAUCAGCAUGGAGAAAUUAUCCUGCUCCGGUUGGUUGAUGAACAACAGCAUCGCAGAGCUUGUCGCGUCAACAGGUCUUCCAGUGAAUAUCAGUGAUGCCUAUCAGGACCCUCGCUUUGACACUGAGGCAGACCAGAUGUCUGGUUUUCACAUUCGCUCAGUGUUGUGCGUUCCCAUCUGGAAUAGUAAUCAUCAAAUCAUUGGUGUUGCUCAGAUACUUAACAGGUUGGACCGGAAAACAUUUGAUGAUGCCGAUCAGAGAUUAUUUGAGGCCUUCGUCAUUUUCUGCGGUCUUGGCAUUAACAAUACUCUAAUGUACAAUGAAGUGAAGAAAUCCUGGGCAAAGCAAGCGGUGGCUCUUGAUUUGCUGUCCUACCAUGCAACCUGUUCAAAAGUAGAGGUUGAUCGGCUGAAGGCUGCCAAACUUCCAACAGUGAAUGAGCUGGGAAUUGCUCAUUUUUCCUUCAAUGAUUUUUCUCUUGAUAACGAUGGGAUGAUCACAGCCUCGCUACGAAUGUUCAUGGAACUGGGGAUCGUGCAGAAAUUCAAAGUCGAUUAUGAGGUUUUGUGUCGCUGGCUGCUUACCGUGAGAAAAAAUUACCGUGCAGUUCCAUACCACAACUGGCGUCAUGCAUUUAAUGUUGCACAGUGCAUGUUUGCAAUGAUUACGACUGCUGAUUUUCAGGAAAUUCUGACUGAUAUUGAAAUUUUAGCCUUGAUGGUGGGUUGCCUUUGUCAUGACCUUGAUCACAGAGGAACAAACAAUGCUUUUCAGGCAAAAAGUGGAUCUGCUUUAGCACAGCUGUACGGGACAUCUGCCACUUUGGAACACCACCAUUUCAACCAUGCUGUAAUGAUACUGCAGAGUGAGGGGCACAACAUCUUUGCCAACCUUUCGUCCAAAGAAUACAGUGAUUUGAUGCAAUUGCUAAAGCAAGCUAUCCUGUCCACUGACCUCAUGCUUUAUUUUGAGCUGCGCUCAAAGUUCUUUGAGUAUGUCAUGUCUGGGGAACACAACUGGUGUCUUGAGAAGCACAGACAAAUGUUGAGGUCUAUGCUGAUGACAGCCUGCGAUUUAGGAGGCGUUACCAAACCUUGGGAGAUCUCUAAGCAGGUGGCUGAAUUGGUAACUAGUGAGUUCUUUGAACAAGGGGACAGAGAGAGAGCUGAACUGAAGCUGACACCAACUGCUAUCUUUGACCGAAAUAGGAAGGACGAGUUGCCGGGCCUUCAGCUGGAAUGGAUUGAUGGGAUUUGCAAGCCAUUGUUUGAGGCGCUGGCUGAACUGAAUGGAAGGACUCAGCCCUUGGUGAAUGGAAUCAAUGCUAAUAGAACUAAGUGGGAGGAGCUUUAUACAAUGUACCGUCAGUCUCAUGGUGCCGCAGAUGCUUCUAAUCGCAUACUGAAGAUUGAAGUAAUCAACUAGUGCAAUUCAGACCCUAACAUCUCUCUGGCCUGACCUUACACUACAUUAGGCAUUUUGACCCUCAGGCAGAUGGAAUGUUAAUGACAAUGAUGCAAAUGCUGAGAAUCAUCAAUAAUACUUUGGCUGCAGAAUGAAACUUCAGCAACAUUAGCAUAAUUCCCAUCUGCGUGGCUACUGAAGAAGAGGUGCAAAAUCAUUUUGCCCUCUGAUCGGAUCUUGGGUAUUGAAUGGAGAUCAACACUGCAAAUAUUCAACAAGAAAAUCAGCAAUCACCAGUCAUGGACCAUUUCACAUCUCUCCCAUCAUGCACUGCUAUGUUUGCUACCUAGGAGCAUCGAGUAAUUACUGUGGUGAUUAAAAUCAUAAUCUGCCAUCUGCUCCAGCAGCAUUCUUUCAGUGCUUCAAAAGAAAUCUGCUGCAGACUGAACAGCUUUAUUAAAGCGGAUUCUAGUUAAAUCUGUUGGCAGCAGGGUACGCUGUCAGACUGACAAUGGCUUAUUGAUGUUCAAGACAAGAUGCUCUCCUGACAAGUAACUGCUCUCAGAACCCAGUAUUCUGGGAUAGAUCCAAGGGACUCCAUUUAAAAUGUCAUCGCAGAAAUAUCUUUCAACAUCAACUGAGGCAUCAGUUUCUCACCGUUUUUCUAUGGCAUUGAUCAUGUGCUUGAAACAUUCUUCUAAUGAGAUGGUUAAUGCUGCAUGUAAAUCCUUAUCUUUAGGGCAGAGCGGACACACUAAGGUGUCCACCUUUGGCUAUCGCAGUCUCACAGAUCAUAUUAAGCUGUCACGUGAGCUGAAGCCAGUUCUUUCACUUGCCAUUGUUGAGGCAGUGAUAUUUUCACCAUCAAAUAGCCAUUCUUAAAUUCCAUGCAAAUGAUCAAAACAUAUAUGAAUUUAUUAAGAAUAUGUUAUAAGAUAUGUUAUCUGUUAUAUGAUGAUACACUGUAUGAUUAAUGACCACACAUACAGAAGGUUUAAGGACCAUGCUGUUUCCAGACCAAAAUAUAAGAUAUUUAACGCAAACCUACUGCUCCUCCAAUGAUUAGUUAGGGGAGGCAGUGCUCUGUUUUGGAGUGACCCUGUCACGAGAAGAUUAAGCGUUCUGUUUGAAUUAAGAUAACCUCAUAGGCCAACAUUAGCAGAACCAAAUUAAUUGACCUCACAACCUAUGGGAAAAUGAUAGAGAAAAUCAUGCAACUAUUUAUUUAAUAUUUUUUAAUUUUUAAUUUAGUAAUGUUUAUACCUGAAAUAUUUACAGUAGUAAAUCCACCUGUAAAAUCUCCCUUUAAAUUGAACACAGGUUGUCAUUUGCAGAAAUAAUUUGAAUGUGGAUUAAAAAAUAACAUCGCUAUCCAUGGGAACUACCAUAGCAUGAAGUACUAAUUAUUGAAGAGAGAAACAUAAGAAUACUUGUAACUGAAUUGUAGUUUAGGUUUAACUUGAAUUCUCUUGGUAUAUUUACAUUAAAAUUAUUGAACAAUUUCAGAAAUAUUCUAGAGAAAUAUAGAUAAAUUGAGAUUAUGCAUUAACAAUCUCAAGACAUGUCAAUGCUUUACAGCCAAUAAGAUAAUGUUAUAGUGCAGUCACCAUUGUUUAGUGUAUAUCACUAUAAUUGAUCACUAAUUCAAAAGAGCACAAUCUCUUCCUGCUUUUGCUCUGGGUAUUAAAAGUGCAAUCCUUCUUUUAGGAGAAAUGAUGAGCAGUGUCUAUAAACCUUGAGAUUUUAAUAUUGGUCCAAAUCACAUUCUCUCUCUGCAGCUUCCCUACUGGGAGUAUGGAAUACUAGAAUGGGGAUUAACCUUAUAAACGCUUAUUAUGGAGAUCUGCCAAAGUCACCUAUAUUAUGUUGGUACUGUUAAAAGUCAAUAUUGUUUGGGCUCAGUCAAUUGUGCCCUCUUCCCAGAGAUGUAAGGUGCAAAGUGUAAGUCUCACUCUAAGACACGAGGGCAUAAUCUGAACAGCCACUUCAUCACAGUGUUGGAAGGAGUGUUGUUACAGUUGCAGAUCAUGCAUCUCAUCCAGAAUACUAAACCUCAGUACUGACUUUUUGUUCAGAUCAAAGUUAGAAUUUCAGUGAAAUUAUUUACUGAGGACCAAUGUCCCCAAAAGCACAUUGCCUGGCCAUUUCCUGUUUGUGACAU